GUUGGUGAGAGGAGUGAUGAACGUCAAUGUCAACAUGAGAGUGGGAAUUCACACAGGUAGGGUACACUGUGGAGUGCUGGGACUCAGAAAAUGGCAGUUCGACGUAUGGUCGAAUGACGUCACACUUGCUAAUUACAUGGAAAGUGGGGGGAUUCCUGGAAGAGUACACAUCACCAAGGAGACGUUGAAAUGUCUUGGAAACGAUUACGUAGUGGAGCCUGGCAAUGGAGGGGAGCGCAAUUCCUACCUCAAGGAUCACAACAUCGACACAUACUUGAUCGUGGCUCCUUCCUAUCGAGGGGACUCAUCUGUCCCCUACCAAAAUCACCCGAUGAAUGGAAACGUAGCAAAGGAAAUGAGGAUAAUGGGCCACGGGUCGCAACACGGGCAUUCAUCAAAACUUGGCUUCGGAGAACCAGUCGAAAGGGAAAAGAAUCCAGAAGAUGAAGUUAAUGAAUAUCUCAUGAAAGCCAUAGACGCCAGGAGUAUAGACAGAUUAAGGACGGAGCAUUGUAAAACACUACUCCUUAAUUUUCGAGAUCCUGCCAAAGAAACUAAGUAUGUCCUGGAAAGAGACAGAAUGCUCACGAUGUAUUUUUAUUGUUCUGCAUUCUGCUUCAUCACCAUCAUUUUAGUUCAAGUAACUAUAUUUAGACGUAACGACACCGCAAUCUUGUGUUCAAUCCCUACAGUAUGUUUGAUAAUUUUCAUCCCAGUGCUCGUUUAUCUAGACCAUAUCAAAAAGCGGAGUGGAAACAAGAAGUUGUUCGCCAUUUCUAGGAUAAUCCACCGCAACAGAAAUGUAGCUCAGAUCUUCUCCUGCGUGAUGGCUAUUUCUAUCUACGGUUUGGUUAUGUUUCAAUCGGUAGAACUGUCUGUAUUAUGUGAACGUAUUGCAACGUUUGAGUAA